AUGAAGAAGGAACUGUACAAGCUGCGACAGGGCGUCGAGGAGGAACUGGCAAUGUUGAAGGAGAAACAGGCAAAGGCACUGGAGGACUUCAAGGAGUCGGAAGAGGCGCUGGACGCAGCAGGCAUCGAAUUCAACCACCCUGUGGACGAGAACAACGAGGAGGUGCUGACACGACGCAGCAAGAUGGUCGAGUACCGCUCUCACCUGUCAAAGCAGGAAGAGGUGAAGAUCGCCGCGGAGCGCGAGGAGAUCAAGCGGGCACGGCUGCUGCGCACUGCUGGCGGUGGUACCGGCGAACAACCCCGCAUUGGUCACAACACGGCUCCUGCUCGCCUCGAGUAA